CUGGGUCACCAGGCAUCAGGUCAUUUGGCUCGACAGCGGGCACCGCGUCAUCUGGCAAGGCAGUGGGCACCGGGGUCACCAGGCAUUGGAUCGUCUGGCUCGACAGCGGGCAUCGGGUCACCAGGUAUGACAGCGGGCACUGGGUCACCAGGCAUCAGGUCAUUUGGCUUGCCAGCGGGCACCGCGUCAUCUGGCAAGGCAGUGGGCACCGGGUCACCAGGUACCGGAUCAUCUGGAUCAACAGCGGGGCAUCGAGUCAACUGGCCUAAUAGGAUCGUCGGGCUGGAUCAGUUCAUCAUGCUGAGUAGCGGCAUCAGGCUGAAUGCAGGCAUCAGGCUGAGGAGAGGCAUCAGGCUGAAGAGAGGCAUCAGGCUGAAGAGAGGCAUCAGGCUGAAGAGAGGCAUCCGGCCGCGUAGAGAGAGGCUUCAGGCUGAGUAGAGGCUUCAGGCUGAGUAGAGGCUUCAGGCCGAGUCACGGAAGGCAGGCUCACCGGUUUGGAUACUGCAGGAUGGUAUUGGUUGGAAAG